AUGUUAAUUCGAGGUGCACUUAAUUAUCCCAGAGGAGCCCCCCUUGAUGCAUGUGAUACGUUAUCUCCCAGUUUAACUGAACAUGGACCUUCAAAAGCUGAUCUAUCCUCACCUCCUCCUUUUCAGAUCAUACCUUCAACUGAUAGCUAUAGCGAAGGAGAACAUCUUAAAAUCCAAAUAAUAGGCGGAAAUUACAAAGGAUUUUUACUUCAAGCCAGAUCUAUGUUUACGGAUGAAAGAGUAGGGGAGUUUAUUGAUCCUCCUAGUGGAACAAAACUCUUAAAUUGUUCCGGAGGUAAUUCCAUAACACACGAUGGAUCAAAAGAAUCACUACAAGGUCUUCAGUACACGUGGAUUGCGCCGGGCAUGAAUGCAGGCACCAUAAAUUUUAUGUAA